GCGCGAGGACGUUUAAACUCGGUACACGUUUUAUUAUAAUUGUAGGUUUCAUUCAGCGCUGAAAUUGUUCUCCGUGAGGAGAAGUCCUGCACUGUUCCCCCGGACAGGGCGGCUCAGCCUCAGAGUUUAAUGACACAGGCGUCGUCUGCGCGCGGAGAUUUAAAAACUGAGUUUGAGUCGGUUGUUAACGGUUUCCGGGGCCGUUGGAAUGCGCGAGAAGAGCCGGUCCGGUUUGUGUUUGUUCGUGUUUAUCUUCGCUGACUGAGAGAGAAGGACGGCAGACGGGACGAUGUGGAGUGCGAGCUGGAGUGAGCUGAGUGUGGUGGCUGUGUGUGAGGGGUUCACAGCUGAAGUUAGCCGGCGUUAUUAGCAUGGCCUCUUCGCGGCUCUCCUCGGCGGGAUGGCGAGCGCUCACAGCCCCGCGCUGGACCUGAGGAGACUCGCUCAGAAAGUUGUGGUGAUGCUGUCUCUCGGCGUGGCCUGCGCCUGCCUGCUCUACUUCGUAGCGGGACGCUACGAGGCUGCCGUGGGAGAAAAGGCGCCGGUACUGCUGCUGAAGACGGCUGUCCAGGAGAGGAACAGCACGGCGGAGCAGAGAGCGGAGGCUGAGAUCAUCAGCUCGGGCAGAGAGUGGACGGCCAGCCGCAGACUCCCACACGCCCUCAUCGUGGGGGUGAAGAAGGGAGGAACCCGAGCGCUGCUGGAGUUCCUCAGACUGCACCCGGACAUCAGAGCGCUGGGCUCGGAGCCGCACUUCUUCGACAGACAUUACGGCCGAGGACUCAACUGGUACAGGAGCAUGAUGCCCAAGGCCCUGGAUGGACAGAUAGUGAUGGAGAAGACGCCGAGGUACUUCGUGACACCCGAGACACCAGCACGUAUCCACGCCAUGUCUCGGGAUGUGAAGCUGAUUGUGGUAGUUCGGGAUCCCAUCACCAGGGCCAUCUCAGACUACACCCAGAUAGUCUCCAAGACACCCGGCGUGCCGAGCUUUGAGAGCCUGACCUUUAAGAACCAGACGACUGGCCAGAUAGACUUUCUGUGGAGCCCGCUGUACAUCGGCCUCUAUGCCAGGCACCUGGAGCGCUGGCUGGCCUAUUUCCCGCUCUCGCAGAUUCACUUUGUCCACGGCGAGCGACUCAUCAGCGACCCGGCCGGAGAGUUGGGCCGUGUGCAGGACUUCCUGGGCCUGCAGCGUAUCAUCACAGACAAGCACUUCUACUUCAACAAGACCAAGGGCUUCCCCUGCCUCAAAAAGCCUGAGGGCAGCAGCAAGCCCCAUUGCCUGGGCAAGACUAAAGGCCGGACGCAUGUCCGUGUCCACCCUGAGGUCAUACAGAAACUGAGGGAGUUCUACCACCCCCACAAUCUGAAGUUCUACCAAAUGGCUGGCAUGGACUUUGGAUGGCAAUAAAGAAUGUUUUUUUCUGUUUAUUUUGGUGAACCCAUGUGAAAAAACAAGGAACUCAAAAAUCACUCUGUCAUGCCAUACUCAGCUGCAGAUGGCACUAACUCUUAAUGGGCGCUGGUGUACCUGCUCUGCUGAGUAAAUAUUUGAUGCAGUUAGUUUUCUUUAGUGCUUUUAAAGCCCACUGUCUCGGCAAGGGUCUGGAGAUAGACGUGAUUCGAACAAUGAAAAGACCAUUAGCAUUUAGGAAAAGAGUGCCAUUGACCAUCACUGAGUGAUUUAUAGGGAGGACUAAAUAUGAUGCACUGUGAUCUAGAGUGAAAGAUGAGGUAAUCCAAUUAGCAUUUGUUGAUGUUCAAAUAAAGGCACCAUAUCCAUCAGUCAGGCUUUAUGACUGCAGCAUAUAACAGUGGAGUGUGAAUACGUUUGAAGAGAGGAGUGAGAUUUAAAUGAGAUGUCAUGAAAUUGGGCAUCGUUUGUAGGAGCUCACCUAGAAGAAAUUAGUGAGAAAAUUGUUACAGUAUGAUUUAUGUUGUUAAAUUAUGUAAAAUACUGUAAACUAUGUCGUACUACAGGACUGUGACAUACAAAACGAGGUGCUAUGAAACCGUUUUGAUGUGAUGCAAUGUAAGUCAUGAUUGAUUUGGGGCCUAGCCAGUGUAAAUGCUACUGCUUUCCAUGGAAGUGGCCAAGAACUGGUCCACUCCAUGUGCUUGACUGUGGGACAGCUGAGACCCCACAGAUGGUAAAGGUCUAAGCCAUGUGAAAAUAGUUGGCCAAAUAGCCAUUUUUAUAUUGCUAUUACAUUUCAUACUUUAAUUGUGAUAAGGAACAUCAGUAAGAGCGCGACAUGCUCUUGACACUCUGUUUUAUCAGGCCUUUUAAGCCCUUUGCUAGUUUAAUGGCUUUUCAGUAUUCAAUAUGAAUUGCAACCCAUAAGUGAUGCUAUAAACAAAUGACACUAAUUCAUUUCAGAAGAUUGCUGGGAUUAAAUCUCAAAUGGCUCCAUACUUCCUGUGUAGUGCACAUAGGUCAUGAAAUAAUGGCUUCUAUACACAAAUAGUGCAUUUUAUGUCCCAGUGGGGUGAAGUGCUUGUUAGACGUAUAGUGUGCUAUUUUGGAGUGAAAGUCUGAUGUGCACUACAUAAGGAGAAGGGAGGCAUUUGAGAUGUAGCUAGGUUGGAAUAAGAUAUUGGUGUGUUUAUCCAUAAGGUAAACUGUACAGUCACAUUUACACCCUGAAUUCGUAGAAAGUAUUGUUUAUAUCUUCUUGUGGUUGACAAUACUCCAGACCUGACUAUUGCUUGCAUGAUUUUGCACUAACAUGGCCAAGGAAGCUGUUAAAUUAAUUUGAAGAUUUAUCUUGAGUAUUUGCUACCAAUGUUGGAAACACAAACACAUGGAAAAAAUAAAAACCCUUUUUGUAAA